AUGUCCACCAAAGUUGACCCCAUCGAUACUAACUUCACAGUUUUCAUACGCUUACCAUUUCCCAGGGGUGAUUUUGUCGACCCGCCACCUGUGGAAUGGAAUGCAUCCAAAGAGCAAGCGUUAUGGGAUAUUCUUUCUCGACCAUCUAAAGGCGACUUAGACUGGAAAGCUCUGGCAGAGAACUUUGAUGUCACAUUGCAUUUCCUCCUUCAACAGGCGGCAUGGCUCUAUGAUCGUCAGCUGUCACAGGCCCGGGCCCAAAUGCGCAAGGUCGGCACCACGCAGUCGAAUGCUCCUUCUCCGGCACCAGGAUCUAUCUCUGGCAGUACGGCCUUAGGCGGACAGUCACAAAAAGAAACGCCAUUACCAGGUUCUCGGGCGCCAUCACGGCAAGUAUCUCAACAGAAAGAUAUCCCUCUACGAGUCGCUGAAAACCGACGUACGAGCUUUACAUCAACUACGGCUUCUAACCAACCUCGUGGAUCCCGGGACCCUACACGCAUCGGCACGCCGACAACAGAGGAAAAAGAACCGCGCUGGGAUUCUUUCGGUCCUCGGCGCUCAGCUGUGAAGCGAGAGCAACCACCUGUCGCGGGUUUGCCCCAAUCUCCAACACUCGAGGAAGAGUCUCUAUCCUCCAGCUCGUCGGAAGAUUCAGAAUCCGAGGACGAAGACACAACAAGGCGUGUACCCCGAUUCAAACGGUUUGGCAAGUUUUCCACCCAUCGCUCUGGUAUCCGUGGUGACGAGGACGACGAAGAAGAUGCCCCAGCAUUCCUCCCCCUACCCCGAGAACACCAGCAUACCCAUCGGGAGCGGCCUGUACAGGAACUGAGCACGACCCUCCGUUUAGAUGCUGAGCGAGCAGAGGCGCUACAGCGACGUCCCGAACAAUGGUCUGAUCCCAGGGCCCCGGUAGCUACCGAAUCAUCCACCAGCUCUAUGAGCUCUGGUGGACCCAGACGGACCAGCCAGGGAGCAUCGAUACUAAGCCCUCUACGCACUGUUGAACGCCACAAUUCACGCAAGUCUACCGCCUCCGGUCGUGAAACUAGCGAUGGGACUCCUAGCAUGGGAAGCAGCUUCAGUGACCUCGACGGUAUGUGUUCUAAACCCGAGGAUUCCGGAUUCCAACUGAUCGACUGGUCAGACGCAAGCGUUACCCAAUCAGCCUUGGAGGAGGCUCUUCUAAGCAACAUGCAGCAUGGUGGGAUGGCGAGUCGGAUGAGUACCAUCAGUCAAGCCUUGCGCAGCCGGUAUCUGCAGUGA